UUUAAGGAGUAAUUAAUAGUGUUUUUAUUUCUAAAAAUAUUACAAUGUCAUCGAAAAAAAACAUAUUUAGUAAAUUUAUAAAUUUUAUAAGAAAGGCGUGUAAAAGGAAGAAUAAAAAAAAUUGUGCUGAUAUCAAAAAAACAAAUUCAAACAUUGCUGCGAGUGGAGACUCGUUGUAUACGGUAAUGCCAUCGAAGUGUACUACCAAAAAAAGGACAAAUGAUAAGGUUCAAGACUUAACGUCAGAAUUUAUCCAUCCAAGAGAAUCUAUCCAGGGUUUUAUAAAAAAUGGUAGCGUACCAAUUAAACGCGAGAAUGAAAAAAAAACUAUAGCCGACAAAAUAACCGACUUAAAAGAGUCAAUAAAAGAUGAAAUUUUAAAUGACCCAAAAAUUGAAAUCAUCAUUCGAAAUCACAUUCAAGGUUUAACAUCCGAACAUAUCCAGGGAAUGGUUCACAAUUGUUUGAUGGAAUCUACCGAUUACUUAAUAAAAAGUAGUGGUGGUCAAAAUAUACGCAAGGAAGACGAAAUAAACGAAAACAAAAAACUAACCGACUUAAAAAAGUCAAUAAAAGAUGACAUUUUAAAUGACCCAAAAAUUGAAAUCAUCAUUCGAAUAUCCAUAAUUUAUACCAAAAUUGUAUUUAAUAGAUCACAUUCAAGGUUUAACAUCCGAACAUAUCCAGGGAAUUGUUCACAAUUGUUUGAUGGAAUCUACCGAUUACUUGAUAAAAAGUAG